AUGAUUGUGACAAACAUAACCACAGUGAGUGGCUUCCUCCUCCUGGGGUUCUCUGACAACCGGGAGCUGCAGAUCCUAAACACUUUGCUCUUCCUGGUGAUGUACCUGUUGGGCAUGGCAGGUAAUUUCAUCAUCAUAAUCAUCAUCACCACAACACUGGACCCACAGCUCCAAUCUCCAAUGUAUUUUUUCCUGAAGCACCUUUCCCUUCUUGACCUCUCCUCCCUGUCUGUCACUGUCCCCCAGUCUAUUCACAAUUCCCUGACAGGAAGUGGAUAUAUUUCCUAUGCUCAGUGUGUACUUCAGCUUUUCUUCUUCACAUCCUUUGCCUGGGGUGAGGUGGCCAUUCUCACAGUGAUGUCCUGUGAUCGCUAUGUGGCCAUCUGCCUCCCACUGCACUAUGAGGUCAUCAUGAGUCCCAGAACGUGCAGGUGGGCUGUGACAGCUGUGUGGAUAAGUGGGGGUAUCUCAGGAACCUUGUAUAUAGCAACCACAUUCUCCAUGAGAUUCUGCAGGGCCAAAAUCAUCCACCAGUUCUUCUGUGAUGUUCCCCAGUUGCUCAAGCUCUCCUGCUCCAAUGAUUACCUUCGAGUAGUUGGAGUGAUUGUUUUCAUGACUGUGGUGGGAAUUGCCUGCUUCACUGCCAUUUGCCUCUCCUAUGUCCAGAUAUUCUCCACAGUCCUCAGGAUGCCCUCUGCAGGUCGGUCUAAAGUCUUCACCACCUGCCUGCCCCACCUCUGUGUGGUCUCAUUUUAUGUCUCCACUUGUAUGUUUGCAUAUCUAAAGCCAACCUCAGACUCUCCAACUGCUUUAGACAUCAUGCUCUCUAUGUUUUACACAGUACUUCCUGCCACACUUAACCCUGCUAUCUACAGUCUGAGAAAUGAGUCCAUGAAAACCGCUGCAAGAAAGUUACUGUCAAGUGAUAGAGUCCCUGGAGGAAAAUUAGUGUUUUCUUGUUCAUAG